GACGGGAACGAUUUUUUGAAACGAGAGGAGGUUAGAGGAGCUUGGAGGAGGUUAGAGGAGCGACGGGAACAAACCCAUAAUGUUGAUGUGCACUGUGCAUUCUAAAGUGUGUAGCAAGGCCGUAUAUUAGGUGUGUAGUUGACUGUGGAUAUUGAUAUGUGAGGUCUGUGAGGUGGACGUUCGGAGGGAGCCGGAAGGGACCUACAUUUAGUUCACAUUUGCUGCUAUAUACUCCCAAGUCCCAGGCAAGCUGUCAGAAACUAUCAUGAAUGCAGGUCAAAGUUCUCAGAAGCAAUAUGGAUUAAUCAAGCCUGCCAAGAAGUCCCAGACUAGUGCCAUAAGGCCAUCAAUAUUCAACAAUGACUCCAGCAGUGGCGAUGAGUCUGCUCCAGCUCAGGAUUGGGGCAAAGCUGCGCUCAAGUCGAUAUCGCACGGCUCCGUGCAGGCGGCCCAGACGCGAAAGGUGAUCCGGCAGGCGAUGCAGGAAGACGCCUCGCUCUUCCAGUACGAUGAGGUCUACGAUGACAUGCAACAGCAGAAACAGAAUAAGGUUGAGACCAAGAAGACAGUGGAUAACAAGCCGCGCUACAUGCAGAAGCUGCUGCAGUCGGCCGAGCAGCGUCGCCACCAGCAGGAGCGGCGCAUCGAGCGCCAGGUGCAGCUGGAGCGCGAGCGAGAGGGCGACGAGUUUGCCGACAAGGAGCAGUUCGUCACAGACGCCUACCGCCAGCGGCUGCUCGAGCGCAAGGAGGAGGAGGAGAAGGAGCGCAGGAUCCAACAGAUCGAGGAGAUCAACGACGUUACGAAGCAAAAGGAUUUGGGCAGCUUCUACCGACACAUGUAUCAGAAGGCGAAUGCGGCGCGCUCCGACGCUGACGACGUCAAACCGGAGCCCGGCGAGACCUCUGAGACGGCGGUGAAGGUGGAGCCGGGCUCGGAGCCGACGUCCCCGGCGGCGCCGGGCCGCCAGUACCGGGCGAGGCGCGUCUCCUCGUCCCCCGAGCCGGACCGGUCGGAGCCGGCGGCCAGCGAGCGACGGCACCGGCGCCGGCGCCGCUCCCCCUCCGGUGACCGGGACCGGUCCCGCAGCCGGGACCCAGAGAGGAGGCGUGACGGCGGCGAGGAGCGGUCCGAGCGCCGCCGCAGUGACGCCGACUCGGACUCCAGCAGCGGCAGCGGUAGUGACGGGGAGGGGCAGAGGGAGCCGCCCCCGCCGCCGCCCUCGCAGCCGGCCCGGCCGCGGGCCUCCUCUGCCGAGCGGGCCGCCCGGCGCCGCGCGCUGUACGACAAACGCACCGUCGGUGAGGUGUUCGAGGCGGCGCGGCAGCGCUACCUGGAGCGGCGAGAGGCGCGCGCUAACGGCCCGAGCCCCGUGUCGCUGCAGGCCUGAGCCACUCCCGUUCGAUACCGCGAGGUGUGAGUACCGACUGACGAUUGAAUUUGGCGCGCCGGUAGACGCUCGAAAGUACAUCAAGCCACCCCGACGUGAUCAUUGUGUAACUAGGUGCAUUGCUUGUUUUCAUUGUGUUAGAUGAAAUACACAUGUUUUAUAUUA